AUGGGCGAUGAUUCUUUGAUAUUACGAGAAGAUGGCUAUAUUCGUAUGAAUUUUCCUGUUACUUCACUUACGUAUCAUAGCAACUUAAAUAUAAUUUUGGUGAAAACUGAUGUUGGUGGUGUACACGUUUUGGAUGUGAACUCUGGUGUAAUUCUUCAGUCUUCUUGCCUAUCUGCGGAUGAUGAUGGAACGUUGGGUGUUGAGUAUGCGGCAGGCGCAGAUAGGGUUUUCGUGUGGGAUAAGAGCGGAGUUGGCGCCCGAACAGACUACAAUGGAGUUCUGUUGCUGCACACUGCCCUUCAGCGUCCUCUGUCCAUGUCGCAGCCAGAUACUCCUAUAAGAAUUGAGCUAGUUCUGUCAGAGGCAGUGCUCCUGUACCAAUGUGUGCAAAGCCUUGAUGCUCAGUCUAUAGAAGGACUUCAGGAUUUUAUCAAUGAACUAAAGAGUGCAAUUGAUGCAGAGCCUGUUAGGAAAGGUGUUAAAGCUCAAAAGUGGAGUACAGUAACAAUAACACUUUCACAAUCAACACUGAGACUGGUUAUGGUUGGCAUUGUUCAAGAGUUAAAAGGACAAAAUAGACGGAUACCAGCUUUGUCCAUUGCCUCUGCAGUGGGACAGAGGGCCAACGAGCUUAUGCCCUGCAAUCGAGAUGAGGAGUCUAGGGCUCUGAUGUAUUCUGAAGCUGAGAGAAAAGAAACAUUCAAAAGAUGGCCCCAUAUGGAUUACAAAUGGGCGUUACCAGCACGUAUGGCUCAAGCAGGGUUCUAUCACCAACCUUCUCCAAGUGGUGAUGACCGUGCAAUGUGUUUCACGUGUAUGGUUUGUCUAGUCUGCUGGGAGAAAUCAGAUGAGCCUUGGGUAGAGCAUGAGCGUCAUUCACCCAACUGUCCCUUUGUACGUGGAGAGUACACUCACAAUGUGCCUAUAUCAGUCACAAAUGCCACAGCUUGUGCAGUACCCUGUCCCAAUGUCAAAGUAGUAUCAAAGGGUAAUACAGGAGACCUAAUAGCAACUGGCACAUCAGAUGGAAAAGGAAGCAUCUGGAAAUUUGACUGUGGUCUGAAGUUAAGAAAAGUGUUUAACUUAUCACCAUAUGACUCAAUAUUUAGUGGCAUUCUUACCAAUGAUAGCCAUAAGGUCUGGUCAGCCAGCCUAGAAAAAGACUCAUCAACCUAUGGAAUUGAACUUACUGCCAUGACUUUUAUUGGUUUGGCUUCCCAGCAAGAGACAUAUCCUCAGGCACAAAACACUGAAAUUGUAGAAAAAGAAACAAAUGAUAGCAAUGUUAAACCUGCCCUUGUAUGUGCCGUCAUUGUAACAAGAACUGCUUCUACUCCAACCACUCAACCUAUCAAAGAGGAUUCUAGUAAGGCCCUCUUUGAUUCAGGUGACCCCGAAAAGUCAAAAGAAAAUAUUCAAGCCAUGAAUGACCAAAAUGAAGCUAAAAACAACUUGACAUGUACAAAUAAAAUGUUAUUCUUACUAACAUAUGACAUACACCAUUGUUCUGCAAGUUCUAUGACAACAGUUAUUCACACUUCUAACAGCAGUGGUGACUCCAAACCGGGUGGUAGUAAAAAAGUGUGUCCGCUUCAAAGGACUGAUGACACAAACAUAUAUGACGACAUUUUCUUCCAGUAUUCUGAUGAUGACACAGAGCUUCCUCACUGCACAAAUAUAGAAGAACAGAUUAGUAAUGUUUUUAACAUAGAAGCAUCAUCCAGCAAAGAAGAUUGCAAACCUUGGGAACCAAAAAAGAUAUUAUUUACAAAACAUUUGAAGGUAUUACCACCACCGCCUCCUACAGCUUUGCUACCUGAGUUGCCAGAAGCUGAACAAAGCAUGUUGGACUAUGUUGGGAAGCUUACACAAAUUAAAAGUUGGAAGAGUGGUAAUUUGGAGUCUGUUGGAACCAAGGUCGUAGAUCAGACUGAUGCAGUGCAAGGGGACUCCAUUACCGAUUUCCUCACUAUAACUGGACAAGGACCUCUUCAGAUAUCAGAUUUGAAGUGGUAUGAAAAAAUAGAGCCUUCCGUAAAACUUAAAUUACAAUCUAUGGCUGCAAAAAACAAGGCUGGUACACAAACAGUCCUAAAUAUAAACCCUACUGAUGCAUUUGAUAGUGAUCUUCCUGCAGAAGAAGCUGUAUCGCAAGGAAUUGCUAUUCAAUGCCUUGGUCUACCUGCUACGUUAAAUAUCCAAGGUGACGCGAAAGUAACCCACCUUCUACCAUCUGAAGACAAGCAGCACUUGCUAGUUGUAGUGUCUUCUAUUGAGCCUGAUAAAUUUAAAGCUGAAGAAGAAAUUGAUGCAGAUGGUGAUAUUAAAAUGGAUGUAGACGAAGUCUCGGAUCAACCUGAUAAGAUUCUGAAUGAAAACCCAAAAGCAUAUUUCCUAUACUAUAAAAUAAACAAUAAAACUUCUACCUAUACUCUAGAAGAUAAUCCAGUGACAUAUAAAGAACUCCCAUACAGUGAAAGCCCUGUGGAUUUGUGUUUAUUACCUGUAGAUAAAAAUGACCAAUAUUCAAUAGCUUCAGUUAGUGUUGACGGUCAUUUGAGAUUAUACUCACUUCCAGAUUUUACUUUAAUCUCAGAGAAACAAGUCCCCAAGGGAGAAUUUAUUUCUGUUGCUUACUGUGCUUCCGUUGAACGUUUAAGUGUAUCAACUAAACAUGGCAUGAUCUAUUUCUAUGCUCUUAACAAUGGUGAGAAGGAUGUGUCAGGUGAAUCAAAUGAAGAUGAUUUUGCUAACAUAGACUUUGAUAUGUUGCAACGAGCCCCGAGAGAUGACACCGAUGGACCUGUGCCACCGCCAGUUAUUUUGGCUAAUAAGACAGAUUUCGACGAAGCUGAAUUAAACGCAUUGUUGUCUCUCACAGGCUCAUAUUGCCCUAAUCCCACAGUUCCAUACAGUGCAGUGGUACCUGGUUUUUGGUGUGAAUUGUCACCCGCACAAAGGUCACGAUCAGAUCAUCAAAAUAAUCGAUCAUGGCGACUUCAGAAUACGUCAUCGACGUGGGAUGAACACGUUCUUGAACUGACUCUUCCCUACAAUGUAUCAUUAGCGCACAUUGAAUUUGGCUUUACAUUACAUUCUGCCAAUACUGUUAAUUUGCCCAUAAUACAAGUGACACUACUUAAACAAAAUUUACAUGGUAUUGGAUAUAACAAGGAUGCAAGUUUUGGCCAGCGAUCUGAUUCGCCAUUGCACUUCUCAGUGAUAGAUGCAGACGUGUCUAACUUAGAAAAUCCCGUCAACAGUGAAGAGUAUUUACAAGCGCAUAAUGCUGAGAUAUUAGCUGGACCGUUGUUGUUGUCUUCAGGCCUAGAUAUGAGCCAGCAAUCUGGCACCCUGAUUCUCACGAGUCCAAGGCUUUAUCGCGCUAGGGGUAGAACAUUUUUGAUACAUAUAAAAACGUUGUUUGAUCCAUCUAAAGAACUUAAUAAGGGGCCAAUUAAAUCGGGUGAAAGCAGCAGCGGCGCAAAGAAAUCCAGCUUUAUUGGCUGCGACUGGCUACAUCAGAUUUCAAUAACGGUUCGCUCCACUCCGCACACCGAUGUGCCGCUAGAGAGACAGCAACGUAUUGCCAUGUUAGAAUCAAAUAGCUUUUUGAAUACUCUUUGUGAAAUAGCGGUCAGUAAAGUCUCGACGGAGAAACGAAAGCUCGCGCUGGAUAUAUUGAGUUGGGUAAUAUCGAUUAGGCUGCAGAGAAUGCGUUUGGCGAAAAACGAAAAAAGUAAAGACAAGGACGUGCCCAGUCCUGUUGAGAUGCAGCAGUUGGAAUGUAUUUCUGUCAUUGAAAAGCACACAGACGCGCUCUUAAAGAAAUGUAUUUUAUGUGCAAAUAGAAGUAUUGCCAAAAAGUGUGCGAAGAUUAUACUGACGUGCAGCGAUGGUAUGAAACAGCUCCCUCGACCGUGGAAGUGUACAUUUGAAAAUAGUUUAACGAGCAGUGUGAUUGCUUGUAUUCCUCUCCUGGGUGCGUGUGAGUCGCCGGGUGCCGUGAAGUGGCUGAUGGCGCUGGCCCAGUACGGCACCUGCCGGGCCGCUGCGCCCGAAUUGGUCGCCCGAUGCCUCGCCUUACUAGAGAAAGCGGCACGAUGUCUGCGGGAACGGAGCAAUCCCUAUCACCAAUUGCUACGUGCUAGGUUUGGCCUAUACGGCUUGGCGCUCGAGCGUAGUAUAUUCUCUGUUGAGAUCCCGGAGUUGGGCCGCAGUUCAUCUCUGCCCGUGACGUACGCGAGCGUGCUGACGGGCGACGUGAACGCUCCGCCCGCGCCUAAACAGGAGUCGCAGCUUCGUGAUCUGCUCAACAUGUCCCUUGAUACCGGCGAAACAAAGACAACAGCCAACAAUAGCCAGACGCACAAUUGGUGCGAGAUGGAGGGUGGCCUUGCGGCUUUGACUGUGGUGGGGGAAUCAUUGCCCUUGCACGUUAGUUGCCACGUGGCCUCCGACGGUACCAAGCUGGACACCGCACCGACUAAUCAUCCGCCACCGGUCGUCAGCGCCCAUACCGCUGAUUCGAACCAAUUAUGGACUGUGGUAAAGGAGGGACAUGCAAAACAAUCUUCAAAAGACGAAAGCUCUGGCGGUGCUGAUGGUUCCAUGAUGGACUGCGAUCCUCAAGAUAGGCCUGAUGUGAAUGAAGAUAAAUUAUUAAAGGAUCAAGACCAAUGUGGUAUACCCUGGGCUGCGCUAGUGACGCGACCGCCGCAGCAAACACUUAUAGUAGAGAGGAUGCACUCAGGUGCAAGGCGUUAUAUUGUCCUUGACUUUGGAUACGCAGUACGACUAACUGAUAUUAUCAUUCCUUCCUGUUCUGACCUGGUGACUUUAGGUAUUGAUACCUGGACAGUGGGUGAAGAGACAGACUGUGUGAAGCUUGCUUUCGCAACUGAUAUCGCUACGAAACACCUCGUACUUGCUGAUAUUCAACCGCCUUUGACCUGCAGAUAUAUGAAGAUAACUACGAUUGGCCGAUAUGGCAUGUCGGCUAUGAAGUGCCGGAUACCGCUGGGAUGGUUCUAUGGCGAGAUAGCAGAGGUGUCAAACCUCAAGGCCUCUACGAACGCGCUCAACGCUCUGCAUGAGGACCUAAGCUGUCGAUUCAGACUGGCAACUGGAAAAUUGAUAGACCUGCUUAAUCCAUACUUAGAAUUGUACAAUGGAAACGCAGCACACAUGAUGGCAUAUCUCAACCAAUCAGAAACCGAUAUCAAAGUGGUUCUUGCCUACCAAGAGUGUAUAGAACUCCAACAACAAUUGCAUAACUGCACCAACAUAUUGAAGAGAUUGCUGAACACUCCAGAUUGUAGUGAGACGGUUGUGGAUGCUGUAGACACGGGUCAAGUGUUGACUGAAGUUCUCCUGGAUCGGGCCUCCACGGACAAACUGAGAGUUAUUACGGAGAGUGUUGUGGAUUUGUUGCUGUACUUCUUGUUCCAGAUGAGUGAUGUGCAAUACGAAGAAGUGACUCCGGAAUGGUGCCGUGGUGUGAUCCCUCUCUCGUGGGAAUGGGGCGGCCGCAGUGGGGCUGCAGUUGCGACCCUCUUGGCCCGUCUUUGUGGCGGUGCUCACUGGUGGGGUCCACUACUUGCAGACAGGCUCACGGCUGCCUUUGAUGAGCACGACGCACCACCGCUACCUCUGGACAGAUGCCUAGUAUCAAUAAUGUACAUGUCUCGCAAGAGUAUGUACGCGCAGUGCGGAGACGGCGGCGUGACGCAAGCGUUGGCGACGCGUACGCUCGACCUGUUACGCUCAGGGCCCGCUCCUCCCGCUCUUCUCGCCGCUCUGCUGUCUGCGCUUGCGCAUCUUUUGGAUGCUGCUAUUGCGAACACUAACACUGGUUCACACAAUAGAUGGGACUGGGUGACGGGUGGUCGCGUGGGCGGUGGGUGCGCUGGAAAUGGGUCGGGAGCCAGGUCCAGCACUCCGGUGCAGCGCUCUGGCGAAUGCAAGCUGCAUCGCCGUAAGCUGCACAAGAGGCUGCUGAAUCAGAUGCAGGAGAUGGAGGCUGCCCGUCGCGGGAUACAAGUCGCCAUCGAGCAGCAGCAACGGGCACGUCUUACCCUGAAGGCUCACAUGGCGCUUAUGGGUAAACGGUCCAACAGUGCUAACGGAGCCAGCAGCAGCGCCCAAAGACCCUCCGAGGAGCUCAGGAUCCUGAGCCCGACAUUAGCGUCUGCGUUGGCGCAGGCAUUACUGACACACAUACUCACUAUAGACUCGAUUCACGCAUCAGAUCACCUGCUUCUAUGUGCUAAGGUGGUCGGACGAGUGUGCGCUCUGUGCGGUGGGUGCGGAUGGUGCGGUUGGGGGGAGGCGGGGGGAGUGUUAGCUUUGGCUCGACGAGCUGUCACAUUGCCGCCCUGGCCCAGGCACGCGCUUACGGCCUUGUUACAGGAUCUAGUGGAAUUCGAAUGUGGAGAACCACCGGUGAACACAACUUCGUCUGAGGAAUGGCAUGGCCCCAGUUCAUCGCGCAUCAAAACUAAACUUCCCGUGGAUCCUAACUUCGGGAAAGCACCGAAAAAAGAACUGAAUUACAUUGACUAUCAACUGACGCAACUUAUUGAAUCUGAUGACUCCGAGUCUGAAGAGAAAUUAGAGCAGCACUUCAUAGAUGUUCUGAAGAAAGCGAAGAAGAAUAAGGAGUCAACAGAUCUUAAUACGAGCACGCUAUCGUCAUGCGUGGACGCGCGACUUGAAAGUGGCCCAGCAGCGGCAGCGGAAGUGACGGCACGGCGCGUGCUAGCGGCGACUGCGCUGGCACUUCCGGCGGCUUUACGCGCACCACCACAUCGGGCUUCACCUCUUUCCCCUGGGCCUACUUCACCUCAAUCACCGGCGUCACCAUCUUCGCCAUCGUCGCCACCGGCUAGACACAAUCCACCCCUCGCACAUACCCUAUACGACGUGUUCAGGCACCUCGCCUUGGAGUUUAAAAAUCAGGUGGAUUGCACAUUUAUGGAAAACGUGGUAUCGCUGUGGUUAACUCUAAACGGGUCUUCGUGGGGCAAUAACUGCAGUAGUGGGUGGAGUUUGGCCGCACACACGGUUCCCGCCGACGCGCCACGUAUUCGUUUCGCCUCUGACACCGUUGUUGCGUUGCUUGAAUCGCUUACAGAAUUGAAUAAUAUAUCCCUGCGUUGUUGGGUGCUGUCUAUGCAGGCUUUGGCUUGGGUGGCAAGUUUCCCGAUACAAACGGAAGGCAAUACGCAAACAAUUGGUCGCGUGAUCCUCGACUGCGAAUACUUUGUUCCGGCGCUCGUUAAGUUUGUCUCCAUAGACAUCGCAAGUGACGGAGCCGUCGUGUCUUCAGAACCAUAUUUGGGUGGCAGUACAUCUUGCGCGGGAGCAGGUGCCGCGGGGGCCUUACAAGCGGUAAUUUCCCGCGUGUUGAUGCCCCGAGGGGGCGGAGGGGCUCUAUGUUCUUUACGGGCCUUGUGCGCCCUCAGUCAGACUCCGGGUGCACUGGCACAUCACGCUUUAGAUCUCCACGCUGCGUUACUUCGCGCUGCUCAUUCACUACUGCCGUCACUUUCGGCUAAACACACGCAGCACGCCCUACCUCUCAUUGAGGCUAUUGCGGAUCAGUGCAGUGGCUGGGUUUGGUGGGGGGGCGGAUGGCGCUCGGAGGGUUGGAACGAGGGCCGUAGCUCGGGCUGUGGCGGGCUGUUGGCGGACGUGUUGGCCGGCGCAGGCGCAGCCCGCAAGCCGCCUCAUCGGCGAGCAGUGCUCGCAUCACUGCUGCUCUACUGCCGCAAGCUGCUGGCUCUCCCUCUACCGUCCACAAGAACUGACAGGCAAGAUCAGCCCGCAAGUCCCGAAAGCACAGCUAGUGGCGGCAGCGUAUCUGGGAGUGAAGAGUGUCAAACGGAUGAGAGUAAGCAACAACAACAACAACAGCAACAGAGCAGCCAAGAAGGCACCAACGUUGAAGACGAGAGGAAACAAGUACCGAAAUCACCAUGUCUCGCCGAUACAGUUUUACAACAUCCCAACAUCAUGGAGAAAUUCUACAGGACUCUGUCAAUGUGUGAUGGCAUGACAACAAUGGUGUUGAAUUCAAGCGGAAACGUGGAAACCUCUUCAGAUCAAUGUUCGCUGAAGGAAGAGAUAUUUUGGCUUGUGGCGCACAUUCCAACCGUCGCUGCCAACCCCGCACUUAUGCUGCCAUCUCUUAUCGAAUACUUAAGUAAAGAUGAAGUUGUACACUUGUCGCAAGCAAUGCAACAAUUACUCCAGCGACUUCUCGACAAGCCAGAGUUGUUAGCAGCAUUCAUAGAUGCAGGAGGCAUGGAACUUGCUGUCAGGAAACUUAAUAUUUGCCAUCAGGCCGGGCCGAGCAGCAGCCAGGGUCUGGUGUCUUCUCUGAUGAACCACCUGAAGCUUCCACCGCAGCUGAUGAACCUCUCGACGCCUGCUUCCAGCAGCAAGAAAAUCCAACCACCAGCGGUGGAGGCGACCGACGGUCUCAUCAAUAUUGCACCAUUCUGUACAGUGACAUGCGGCAAUCCAACCGCGCAAGCGGCAGACGUGUUAUUGGGCACGACUGGCGAGAGCUCGCGCGGUGGUGGUGGCGCUUGUGCGGCAAGACGCGUACGCGCCGCUACUUGGUCCUACCACUUCUUCAGUGCUGAUGAUGCAUCCAUCGCCCUAUCUCUGCAUCUGCCUUAUGCUGUGCGACUCCACGAAGUGCAACUCCAACCUCACCUCACCAGUCUGGCCACGUGUCCCGGUGCCGUGGGAGUCGAGGCGGGGUGUGGUGGGACGUUAGCGCCACUUGGGCCACCGCAAAGUACGGCUGGCAUGACAUUUAUCCGACUGGCGAUAGCUCGACCAGUAGUCUGUACUACCGUACAGUUGCGUCUCUAUCGCCCUCGGGACUGUUCCAACAUGGGCUUACUGCAGUUGCGACUUCUCGCUGCCCCAGCGUUCGCCCCACAACCGCCAAUACCCACCCUUCCACCUUCGUCCGACUUGAACAAUACCACUUAUACAAGUGAUACCUCUGGAAAUAACUGGGCGAGUGUGAUAUGUGCUUGUGUCCGCGGACGCGCCUCGGCUAGUAUUGAUAUUGCUAACGCAGUACGAGCGUUGUGCGGUGCUCUGUUAUCGGGUGGGCCUCAAGCUAACCACGCCCAUCAAGCGCUGUUGGCCGCUGCCCGCGCACAACCAGAGUUAAGAGAGCCGCUUAUCGAACACCUGCUUGAUUUGGAUGCGCAUGCGCACGCAUAUGCAUUCCAACCAACACGUGCCGGCACCAGCAGAACGAGCAACUCGGGCAGCAUGAGCAGCGUGUGUGGCGUAGUUCAGGCGUUAUGCAGGUCUUGUGCGCCGGGUACACUUCAUGCCUUCCUACGCUGGUUACCGCGAGUCGCUGAGAGAGCCCUGCGUACGCGGGCUGCUCCAUCUGCUGCAAUAUUACAUACCCUUGCUGCGGUUCUAUGGAGCACGAAAGAAGAAAACUUGCUGGAUGACAUAGAGGAACUGAUUACGGACGACGUGUUCGAGCUGAUCUGUACUUGGGUAAAGGACGUGAGCGAGGCAAGUCUACUGAAGAAGUCGCUGGACGCGGUAAUGUGUUCCAUGUGCUUUAUACGACCGGACCUUUUCAAGAUGCUCCUCGAACGAAUGGAAAUACCGAUGGAUACAGAUGAGAGCAUGGAAGCGCAAACAGACGACACAAAAGUCCGUCGUCCGAUGCAAGCGUCGGUGUCAGGCGAGAGUGGAAUAUGGGUGGGAGGCAGUUGGCCUGCCGCUGCUGCUGCUCGGCGCCUGCGAAGGCGUCAGCUCACGAGCAUCGCCGCCGCUGCUAUGUCCCCGGCUUGUACGCUCACUUUGCUGCACUCGCCGCUGCCAAACACGCUCAUGCACGCUGUCGCCGAUUUUUGUGAAGCAAAAUUGGACCAAAUAAUCUCGCAGAGUAAUCUAUCGGGCGACAUUGACAUGCUUGAUAUCAGCGCUCGAGAAUUGAAAGGCGAAAUGGCGUCUAUGGACACCGUGUGUGACAUAGUUGAAUGGGCGCGGCUGAUGUGCGCCGAGCGAAGGUUUAAAGACUGGCUUGGUGCCGCCGGUUCAGGCUUCUGGAAGCCGUUGCUGAAACUUCUGUGCCAUCCUAGACCAGUUGAAAGUUCCUGGCGUGAGAUGAGCCAAUACGCAAAGUUGGAAGAGCAUACGAUCCGUCUUUUCUCCGAGUUGACCGUCUGCCAUUCGCACAAUCAGAAGCUCUUCGCUUCAACACUACAUAACAUUCUGGACUCUAUGCAUUGUACCGGUCCAGAAGGCAUAUCCGGGUUUACUCGGUCGCUGAUCCUGAGGCUGGUACUGUCGGGUGAACGUGCGACGGUAGCACUCCGGUGGGCGGGAGGCUCGGCCCCGCCCUCUACACCUUCAGCUGUGCCGUCGCCUCCGGCCCCUUGCCAUCCGGCUGCGCGAGCGCAUGCUAUACUCACGCUGCCUCUACACACUACUGUGAGGACGCUGCUAGCCGAACAUCGACCACCUAUGCCGGUAAUGGAAGAAGGCAACAAGAUAAGUUCUCACAGCGUGCCCAGCUCUUCAAACGCGUCAGUGUUGCGAAGUGCAUCAGACCCUGCGAUCAUGACCGUGGCGGAGGCUUGGGAACUGUCCCUCGCCGCCGCCAGCGCGUCCAAAGACAAACGGGUCAAAGACGUAAAGAACACCACCCUCAAGCAGCAGAGCAGCAAAAAGCGCCAAAGCAAGCCCAAUGCUGACAGUAACAACCCGCUCGCGGUUAUGGAUGAUUUGUUGGAGUCAUCGAUCCGAGUUCAAGCAAACGGAAUAGAAGGGUUUAUUCCAGGAAACACUACUCUAGCGCAGCUUUGCACAGCAGUGCCGCAUGAGUUUGGGCCGCAUCUGACCCUCACUCUUCAUCUUAACACCACCGGUGAGGCAUCAUCAGGCCCAAUGUGGGAAGGAGGAGGUUCAAGCAGUUCGGAUUGUGGCAGCUCUCGCCUCAGUGGCGGUGCUGUCCUGCGUGAGUUUGGCGCCUGCGGUGGUCUGGCGUUGGUGGCCGCCCGCCUGCCGAGGCCCCAUGCGGCGCCUUUGCCGGCCCCGGCCCGACAACAUCAUUCGCUCGACCUCGACUGGGUCAAGCUAGACGAUGCCUAUGAGCUCUCGUUCCAGGAGGUGAUGGAAAUAGGUGUGACAUCGGCGGGCAACGUGGCGGUAAGCGCCAAUACCAGUUCGUCGGAAGAAAGCAGCGCAUGCGCCGGUGUCCCCUCGCAUGCAUUAGUGGCGCUCGCUUUGCUCCUCAAGCUCAGAGGAUAUGCCCAUGCAUUGCUUGAAGAGGGGUCUAAAGCCGUACAUUUAUUACGGCUGUUGUUGGGUGUUGCGCACGAUGAGGACGGACGGAGCAUUGUAGUGAGCGGCAGUAACAGUAGCGGUGUCACCUGGUCCCUUGGCACGCUGCCCUUCCGCGUAGUGGCUCGUCUGCUGGAAAGCGGUGGCCGAGGAACGGAAGGUCGCGCGCUCCGGGACUCUCUGUUGCGUUUGGGCGCAGUUCGACUUGUCCUUGCUUGUCUGGCUGUCUUCACACACCAUAAACCAGCCUCAACUAUGAACGCAUCGUCAAACGGCACGGGCAAAGAAGACAAAUCGCAAUUGUACUGGGCCAAAGGAACCGGUUUCGGGACGGGUUCUACGCAGCAGACGUGGGACGUGGAACAGGCUCUUGUCAGACAACGAAUUGAAGAGGAACACGUGACUGUUCUUCUCCAGGUGUUAUCAUCGUAUAUGAACCCUGGAGAGAAAUGGCCGCCAGAAGAAGGCUCGCAAGAGGCUCAAGAUAUGGAGGAGACAGAGGAGGGCGACACACAACACCUUCCUGCAGAGUUCAUUGACCUCGUCGCCAAUAGCUCGCUUUUACCCGCCAUUUGCUCUUAUCUUAGGAAUGACUCGGUACUGGAUAUGUCUCGACACAUCCCGUUGUACGUGUGCGUGCUCCGAGUAGCGCGUGCGCUCGCGUCGCUGCGAUGUCGGCGGUUAGCGCGCGCGCUGCACCCUCUGCCUGCGUUGCUGCAUAGCAUGAGUCGCACCACCAACUCGUACGCAACUAAACUUAGAAUGAGUAAGAAGAAUAUAUUCGGGAAAAUGACGUAUAGCCAAAGAUUUAGUACUUCGAGUAAUUCUGAACUGUCGGAGGAAGAUGAAGGUCUCGCAUCGCUUAUAGCGGAUAUACAGGCGACAUCGGCCCUAAUGUGUCGAUCGGAGAGUGAGACAGAAAGUAUAGGCGUGGCCCGAUCAGUGCGUGGUGCCAGUCGAGAGGCCAGAUACAUAGAACUUAUGCGCACAAUGCAGUUUGAAACAUUUGAAAUGAUAGCCGAGGAAGCGGAGGGCGGAUUCCGCUUCACGGUGCCGUAUCACUUCGAAGGCACAGUGCGUGCGGCGGGAGAACGCACUCACCCCGCUAGGAUGAAGCGCCUGGCGCAAGAGGCCGCCACUCUUGCCACCAGUCUGCCGCUCUCCUACUCUUCCUCUGUCUUCGUGCGCACCGACACCGACCGUCUGGACGUUAUGAAGGUUUUAAUAACGGGUCCAUCCGACACGCCGUACGCCAAUGGUUGCUUCGUACUGGACGUUUAUUUCCCGGCCGAGUACCCCGCGGUGCCGAUGCUGAUCAACCUGGAGACGACGGGUCGCCACUCAGUGCGUUUUAACCCUAACCUUUAUAACGACGGAAAGGUGUGUCUCUCCGUUCUCAACACCUGGCACGGCCGCCCCGAGGAGAAGUGGAACUCGCAUACGUCUAGCUUCCUACAGGUGCUAGUGUCGAUCCAGUCGUUGAUCCUGGUACCGGAGCCGUACUUCAACGAACCGGGCUACGAGCGCAGUAGAGGGACACGGGUCGGUAACAGCGCUUCCUUGGAGUACAACUCGAACAUCUAUCAGGCCUGUGUGCGCUGGGCCAUGCUGGACCAUCUAAGGUCGCCGGAACCCUGCUUCAAGGAGGUGAUACAGACGCACUUUUGGAUAAAGAGAAACGAGAUAAUGCAGACAGUAGCGAACUGGAUCACAGAACUGGAGGGACAGACGGGUGAUGAACGGACCCAGCGGACCAUACACCUUAACCUCAUGGCCCUAAAGCGCCACUACGUGAAGCUUCAAGAGGAGUUGGCGCGCCUCCCAGUGCCCCCGGGGCUGGAAGAGCUGGACGAGCCUUUCCAGCUGCCGGCUGCCCCGGCGCCGCCGCCUGCGCCUGCGCAGCCCCCGCCCGCCGACAUCGAUCACGACAUGGAGAAGAUCGUCGCGCAGGUGAAUUGA